UCACUACCCUUUAAUUGUUUAACAUUAGUUUUCGUUAAUAUUCCGUGGCUUUGUAUGUUUUAUGGGCGUAGUCCGCUGUCACUGCGGUAGAAAAACGAGUAUGAAGUCUUUAAACUCGACGGGACGACCAGAGUAGUGUAAUUUUAACUCUCGGGGAAAGAGGGCGUAUAGUCACAGGACUUUGACAAGGAAGCUGUCAAUCAUUGUCGUUUGGUAGAUGGUCAGAGGUUAGCUCGGUGCGUCAAACCGGCGAGAUUUUGAGUGUAUCUCCAGUCAGUUCGAUGGACUUCCACAAACUUAACUCUUUUGAAACUUUUAGAGAGGUGUGGAGCCAUUACGGUUAUGGAGAAAACUUGGAGGAGCUGCGUCAGCGGGAGUUCGCUCGAAUUAAAGGCACCGUGUAUCUGGAUCAUGCAGCAACUACUCUGUACCCACAAUCUCUGGUCACCGAUUACUGCCAGGAUAUGUCCAGGAGCGUGUACGGGAAUCCUCACAGCCACAACCUCAGCAGCAGGUUAACACACGACACCGUGGAGAGGGUCAGGUACAGGAUAUUGCAGCAUUUCAACACCACCCCCGAGGACUACUCUGUGAUUUUCACUUCGGGCUGUACAGCCGCUCUCAAAUUAGUGGCAGAGGGCUUCCCCUGGAGGCCACAGACGGAAAGCGAGGCAGGCAGUCACUUCUGCUACCUUACUGACAACCAUACAUCUGUUGUUGGCAUAAGAGGACUAACAUCUGACUGGGGAGUAGUUAUCCUUCCGGUCUACCCCCAGGAAGUGGAAAAUAGGGGAAAAGAUAAGGCUCAAGGUGAAAAUGCGGUUUGUCAAACGCCACAUCUUUUCUGCUACCCAGCGCAGAGCAACUUUUCAGGGAGGAAGUAUCCCCUUAGCCAUGUAAAAGGCAUCCAGGCAAGGCGUCUUUACCCAGCAUGUGACCAUCAAGGCCAAUGGUUUGUGCUGCUCGAUGCAGCCUCGCUUGUCAGCUGUUCCCCGCUAAACCUCCAAGACUGCCCUGCUGAUUUUAUUCCCAUCUCCUUCUACAAGAUAUUUGGCUUUCCCACAGGUCUGGGGGCCCUUCUUGUCCGCAACCACGCAGCAGGCAUACUAAAAAAGACUUACUUUGGGGGAGGCACGGCCGCGGCUUACCUUUCUGGGGAAGAUUUUUAUGUGCAGGCUGCAAACGUUUCCGACAGAUUUGAAGAUGGCACUGUCUCAUUCUUGGACAUUGUUGCUCUCAACCAUAGCUUUGAAACUCUGUACAGGAUCACUGGGUGCAUGCUAAACAUAGAGCAGCACACCUUUGGCUUGGCACGCUACACUUACAUGCUUCUGUCAAGUCUUUGCCAUGGCAACAGGCGACCAGUGGCCCAGAUGUACACGCAAGGCCAGUUUGAGAGUCCGAGCACACAGGGCGCAAUCCUAAACUUCAACCUUAUGGAUUCUCAUGGGAAAAUAAUUGGGUAUUCUCAGGUGGAUAGAAUGGCAAGUUUGUACAACAUCCAUGUGCGCACUGGUUGCUUCUGCAACACUGGAGCUUGUCAGAGCUUCCUGGGGAUUACAAAUCAGCAGAUGAGGAGAAACCUACAGGCCGGCCACGUCUGCGGAGACACCAUUGACUUGGUGGAUGGGCAGCCAACCGGAUCUGUUCGCGUGUCCUUUGGCUACAUGUCAACAUUUGACGACUGUCAAAAGUUCCUGAGCUUUGUUGCUGAGUGCUUUGUGGAGAAACCAGUGACAAUGGACCAGGCAAGACUAGAGAGGCUUAAAGCAGCUGGAGCAUCAAAUGAGGAGACUACAGUCAAUAUCACUGAAGUAACGCACAAAGACCAAGAAAAGAAGGAAAUUACAGAAUCCUCCCAAAGUGGAUUUGAAUUCAUAUGUCCAGACAGCCAUGAAGGAGCUUAUACACUGACCAACAUUUACAUAUAUCCCAUCAAAUCAUGUGGCGCAGUUGAGGUCCACAACUGGCCAGUAGGACCGCUGGGUUUACUGUAUGACAGAGGCUGGAUGGUGGUAAAUGUAAAUGGUGUGUGCCUGAGUCAAAAAAGAGAACUACGUUUAUGCCUCAUUCGCCCACAAGUCCAUCUAUCCUCAAACGAGUUGCUCUUGCAGGCAUCAGGGAUGGAUACCAUUUCAGUUCCACUGGAAAUCAGAACCGGAGUAGAUGCAAGCUAUCCAGUCUGUCAGACUAAAGUUUGUGGUGAUAGGGUGGAGACGGUGGACUGUGGUGAUGAAGCUGCAUCAUGGCUUUCAGAUUUUCUUGGACAACCAUGCCGCCUGAUAAGACAAAGUCCUAAUUUCACUCGAGGCAUGAAAAAGAAGUCUGACACAGCCAUCACCUCCCCGCCGCUCUCCCUGGUGAAUGAAGCUCAGUAUCUCAUGAUCAAUCGUGCCAGCGUGGAGCUCAUUCACAAAGUAAUGAGCAGCAGGCAAGACAAUUCCGAGCUUGACACUCAAAACAUCAUCAGUCGGUUCCGAGCCAAUUUUGUCAUUGCAGGGGUUGAACCAUUUGAGGAGGACGGUUGGUCACACUUGAUUAUUGGCAACAUUCAAUUCAUGGUGAAAGGUCAAUGUGUACGUUGCCAAAUGGUUGGAAUAGACCAGAACACUGGGAGUAAAACAAAAGAGCCUCUUAUGUCUCUUUCAACUCACCGCAGGGGAAAGGUAACAUUUGGCGUAUACCUGACCCAUCAUGUGCCAGAAGGGUCCACUACAGCCGGUGUACUAUGUACGGGAGCCCCAUGCUUCGUGAAAUGCACUGCAAAGACUGGAGACUUGCCCAAGACAUCAGGGGGAUUUCUGACAUGAUUGCAGAUACCUGUCAAGUGUGCACAGGGAUCUUUUUUUUUUUUUUUUUUUUUUACUGAGUUUUUAUGUGUCCACAUCCCUUAUCCUUGGGACGCCGGUUCUUGCCCUUCUUAAGCAAACCAGCCAAAAUACCUGAAUGUACUUUCAAUGUCAGCACAGUGAGUGUAUUUUAAGUGAGUUAGUUUUUAUUCCAGUGGUCUGAAAUGAAGCAGUUGUAAGGUUUUCAUUACAUGUCUUGAAUGUGUUCUUCCUGUAAGAGGCAAAACGUGUCAAGCCUGAAGCAAGCCAAGGCAGUCCCAGUGAAGAGGAAAACUACAUCUAAACUAAAGUUGUCAGUCUCCAUCAUACACUUAUUGCGAGAAACAAUUGCUUGUUGUGAAUAGGGUUAGAAGAGCUGCAGCCCAGUUUCGGGUCAGCCAACAGAAAUCACAUUUUCAAGGUCUUAAAUGAAUUCAUAAAUGUGGCGCGUUUGGGACAAAUGAUGGACUUCAGCCACUUCCUGUUGUUAAACGUAACUGUACUGUAUUUCUGCACCACAGCACUCUGCCAUUGCAUGGACAAAAGGUUUGCAAAUUGUAUUUCAAACAUACACGACACGACUGAAUUUGUAACAUUUGCUAGUGUAGGAAAGCUGCCUUCAUGACUGACACCUUAAAUUACAACUCCUUCAAGACCGCCCAUUAAACUAAGGGUGGGCGAUACUGUCCAUUAUGGUAUCGAUCCGAUACCAAGUACAUCCUGGGCCAGUUUUGCCCAUACCGAUAUUAUACAUUUGGACUUUUUCGAGAUAAUUGCAUGAAUUUGUGAUUUAUUUCGCCUUAAAUAUAUUGGUCAUGGCAAACAUUUCUUUAAUCAUCAAACUUACUUGUGAUCUAUCGCAAACAUAUAAGACAAUGCAGCCAUAAAUAACACAAGUAUUCCUGUUAAUUCUAUGCAAGUUAGUAAAAUAAAGUUAAUUAAAAACAUCUUUUGACUCGCAUUAAAUAAAGUCUUCUGACUUUGUG